UUGAGCACUAGCUAGCAAUUUAGCAUCCUCAGCUCCAUCAACACAAUAGACUAGCUCGAUCAAGCAGUAGUAGCUAGCUAGGGACAUAUGGAGGCGACAGCGCUGAGUGUGGGCAAGUCCGUCCUGAAUGGAGCACUUGGCUACGCCAAGUCUGCAUUAGCAGAGGAGGUGGCCUUGCAGCUCGGCAUCCAGCGCGACCACGCUUUCAUCAGGGACGAGCUUGAGAUGAUGCUGGCCUUCCUGAUGGCUGCGCACGAAGAGCGCGAUGAGCACAUGGUUGUCAAGACCUGGGUGAAACAGGUUCGCGAUGUCGCCUACGACGUCGAGGACUCCCUUGAGGACUUCUCCGUUCGUUUGGGCAACCCAUCUUGGUGCUGGCGCGUCUUUCGCAGGCUGCUUGACCGCCACCGUGUGGCCAAGCAGAUGAAGGAGCUCCGAGCCAAGGUUGAGGAUGUCAGCCAGAGGAACGUGCGGUACCGCCUCAUCAAAGGAUCAGACGACACCAAGCCUGCCAUUGGCACUGGUCAGUCCAUCAUGAUGACUGGUGAAACAAUGUCAGGCAUGGAGGAAGCAAGGAAGGAGAAGGACAAAGCAAAAGUGGAUCUUAUUAGUCUAAUGAACAAGAUGGAUGAAAAUCUUCAAGUGAUUGCUAUAUGGGGACGACCAAGCUAUGUUCUCCAGGAGGCAUCCAUCAUCAAAAUAGUCUAUGAUAACCUGAAAAGAAGGAAACAGUUUGAUUGCCAUGCCUUUGUAAAGAUCAUACACCCUUUCAGUUCAACAAGGUUUUUGCAAAACAUUAUCAGGCAAUUCUUCGUUGAUUCCCUUGAAGAAGCGGAGAAAUCUACUCUUGGGGCCCAAGAUCUGCGGAGGAUGGGGAUGGUGACAGAAAGUGACUUGGUUGAUGCAUUCAACAAAUAUUUGAAUGAGAAGAGGUACCUAAUAGUGCUUACUGACCUCUCCAACAUUGAGGAGUGGGACCAGAUUAAGGCAUUAUUUCCAAGCAACAACAAAGGAAGCCGGCUCAUAGUGUGUGCAGAGCAAGUUGAAGUUGCCAGCUUAUGUGUUGAGCCAAAGACGACGACACUACCAGAGCACAAAAAAUUGUGUUCUAACCAACAAGUCCUUUAUGCUUUCUAUGAGAAGGGUUCACAAGGUGGAACAGAUUCAGUGGGGGAAGGUUCUAGCUCAAAUACUACAGAUACUAUUAAUAAUAAUAAUAAAAGCUCUUUAGAGGUAAAGGGACUGAGUCGUAUGGAGACAACACUAGCUGCUUUGAAGGAAUCUCAACUCAUCGGCCGAGAGAAGGACAAAUCAGAAAUUAUCAAAAGGAUUUCAGAUAGACAAAGUCAAGAAUUUGAGGUGAUCUCUAUCUGCGGAAUGGGUGGUCUUGGAAAAACAACUUUAGUCAAACAUGUCUACCAAAGCCAAGAGCUCAGUAGAAUGUUUGAGAAGCAUGCCUGUGUCACGAUCAAGCGUCCUUUCAAUCUUAGUGAGCUCCUCAAUAGCUUAGCAACACAACUGGGUGGUAAUGAACGGGACGGUGACAAAUUGGCUAGUCUUUUAGAUGAAAGGAGCUAUUUGAUCAUUCUUGAUGAUAUGUCAUCCACUACAGAAUGGGAUGCUAUAGUAAAAUACUUCCCUACUACUAUUACAACGAGCAAGAUUAUUGUAACCACAAGGGAAGAGAACAUUUGCAAGCAUUGUUCAAAGAAAGAGAACAUACACAAGCUCCAGCUUUUGGGAGACGAAGAUGCGCAAAAACUCUUCAUGGAAAAGGUGUUUGGGACGGUUUCACAUUUGGAUGAGGAGUACCCUGAGUUAGCUGAUGAAACAAAACAGAUUUUGAAGAAGUGCAAUGGACUUCCUCUUGCAAUAGUCACAAUGGGUGGUUUCUUGGCAAGGCAACCAAAAACUCUCAUGGAGUGGAGAAAAUUCAAUGAGCACAUUAGUGCUGAGCUGGAGAUGAAUACAGAGCUUCAGAGGAUACCAAAUGUCCUCGUUAAAAGCUAUGAAGGCUUGCCAUAUCACCUCAAGUCUUGUUUCUUGUAUAUGUCCAUCUUUCCUGAAGAUUACAGUAUUAGCCGGAGACGCUUGGUGCAACGUUGGAUUGCAGAGGGUUACUCAAGUGAGGUACGUGGCAAAUCCAUGGAAGAAACAGCUGACAGAUACUUCAUGGAACUCAUUGACAGGAGCGUGAUCCUACCGGUUAGGAAACAUGUUCCUAGUCUAAAAGGAAUCGACUCUUGUCAACUCCAUGAUCUCAUGCGUGAAAUAAGCAUCUCAAGGGCAAUGGAUGAAAAUCUUGUUUUUAGACUGGAGGAAGGUAGCAGUAGCUCAAAAACACAAGCCAAGAUUCGCCAUGUUGCCAUAAGUAGCAACUGGGAGGGUGAUAAGUGUGAGUUUGAGAGUGCAGUAGAUUUGUCUCACAUAAGGUCAUUAACUGUAUUUGGAAGGUGGAGGUCAUUUUUCAUUUCUGAGAAGAUGAAGUUUCUACGUGUGCUGGACUUGGAAGGUACGUCAGGUUUAGUUGAUCAUCAUCUUGAGCACAUUGCGAGGCUUAUUCACCUGAAAUAUAUUUCUCUAAGGAGAUGUGAUGACAUCUAUCAUCUGCCAGAUUCAUGGGGUAACCUUAGGCAACUGCAGACACUAAAUAUGAAAGGCACAAGAAUAUGCAACCUGCCGAAAAGCAUCACCCACCUUACCAAGCUACAAUAUCUUUUUGCUAGGGGUUCCACUCCUGCUUGUUUUAGCCUGGAUGGAAGGCUACCAAAUGAUCUGGCAAAGCUUUGUGGGGCAUGUUGUGUGCCUAAGCUUUUGAAGGAUGCCGAGUGGAUGGAUGGUGAUCCAAAUUGGCAUGAUGUGUGCACUUUCUGGUGCCACGUUGUGUUUCCUUCUUUAGCGUGGAUGAAACUAGAUCCAUAUGGUAUUGUAGUGCCAAGAAGUGUUAGGAAGCUAAAAGCCCUGCACACACUGGGUCUCGUGAACAUCGCAGACAGUUCAAAAUCUGCCCUACGGGACAUAAGAAAGCUCACGCAAUUGCGCAAGUUAGCUGUGACAGGCAUUAAUAAGAAGAACUAUCAAGAGCUGUGUUCCACUGUUACUGGUCUCAGCCGUCUAGAAUCGUUAGCUAUUAAGUCAAAUGGAGAACCAGGUUUACAAGGUUGUUUGGAUGGCUUGUCCUCACCUCCGAAGAAGCUGCAAAGCCUCAAGUUGUACGGUAAUCUGGUCAAACUGCCAGAAUGGGUCAAGGGCUUCCACAACCUUGUGAAGCUGACACUACGGAGCUCUAAGAUAUCGGAGCUUGAUGCCACCAUUGAAGACCUUGGCAAGCUAGCAAACCUUGCUAGCCUGCGUCUGUGGGCAAAGUCAUUCCAGGGCGAAGAUAUCUGUUUCAGUUUUCGUCAGGACACGUUCCCAAGUCUGACCGUGCUGGAGCUGAACAGCAUCGACGGCCUCAAAUUGGUGGAGUUCGGAGAAGGCGCAAUGCUUAAGCUUGAGCUGCUGGGUUUUUGUGGUAGUGAGGAAAGCUGCACCAGGUUGUUUUCUGGGCUACAAUUUGUCACAAGCCUUAAGGUGUUUAAUCUGGACAGCAAAUCUUACAAGGAUGACUUCAUCGAACACCUUCAGGCCUUGCUUGCCCAGAAUCCAAAUGGACCCGUUUUGAGGAGGCUACAGAUGCGUUACUUUUUACUAAACCUGUUCUAUGUGAGCAUCAUGGUGGCAUAUAGGGAUACCCACACUGGAUUGAAUUGA